CAGAGUUCAGGGGUCACGUGGCAGCGAAGCGGAAGUUGUUGGCUUCUGUGCCGCUAGAGCUUGUUAGCCUUUAGCAGGCUAACAGGCUUGUCGUCGGGUUUUGGCUGUUUGUCACUGAAUUUUAAAGCUAUGAAAGAGUUUUGACUCAAUGAGAGAUGAAGACAAGGCGAAAAGGAGAAUGAUGUUAGUGGGCUUUGCCUCUAAAACUGGGAUAAACACGCUUAAAGACAUCCGGACGUGUUAAAGCUUCCAGCAAACACCGACACAAUGAGCGCCAAAUAUGGCCUGGUGGGCUAUAACAAUUCACGGAAGCACAUUUCCAUCUCCAUCCCCUCCACCACGGAGGUGAUGUCACCUCACAUCAAGUCUGUGGAGGAGUUGAGGGUUCUUGGAAUCAACCUUAGCAACUUAAGUGCCCCUACACAGUUCUUCAUAUGUGUAGCUGGAGUCUUCAUCUUUUAUCUUAUCUACGGAUACUUGCAGGAGUUGAUAUUUUCCGUGGAAGGAUUCAGGCCUUUUGGAUGGUACCUCACGCUGGUCCAAUUUGGUUUUUACUCCGUCUUUGGACUGGUGGAGCUUCAGCUCACCCAAGACAAACGCAGAAGGAUACCAGGGAAGACUUACAUGAUGAUAGCAUUUUUAACUGUGGGCACUAUGGGCCUCUCUAAUACCUCUUUGGGCUACUUGAACUACCCGACCCAGGUCAUCUUCAAGUGCUGUAAACUCAUUCCAGUCAUGAUUGGAGGAGUCUUUAUCCAAGGUAAGCGAUAUAAUCUGACUGAUGUGUCGGCCGCCCUCUGCAUGAGUCUCGGACUCAUCUGGUUUACCCUGGCUGACAGCAAAGUGGCUCCAAACUUCAAUGUAACAGGUGUUGUGCUCAUCUCCCUGGCGCUGUGUGCAGAUGCUGUCAUUGGGAAUGUUCAGGAGAAAGCCAUGAAACUUCACAGCGGCUCCAACUCUGAAAUGGUGCUGUACUCGUACUCGAUUGGUUUUGUCUACAUACUGGCAGGCCUGCUCUGUGUGGGCGGGCUGGGCCCGGCUGUAGCGUUCUGCUCAGAGCAUCCUGUUAAAACCUACGGUUAUGCCUUCUUCUUCUCUCUCACGGGUUAUUUUGGGAUCUCCUUUGUGCUCGCCUUAAUCAAGCUCUUUGGUGCCUUGGUUGCAGUGACAGUGACCACAGGGAGAAAGGCCAUGACUAUCGUACUUUCCUUCAUGUUCUUCACAAAACCUUUCACCUUUCAGUACAUCUGGGGUGGCCUUCUUGUUCUCUUUGGCAUCUUUUUGAAUGUUUACAGUAAAAAUAAAGAGAAAAUGAAACUCCCUUCAAUCAAAGACAUCAGGAGUUGGCUGCUGGCAAGAAAGAAAGUCAGAUUCCUUUCACAGAACGUUUAGAGACACCCCACAUCACCUUAACGGAGUGCGAUGACCCGUUCCAGGUGUGGUGCCGGUUGUAUCGAAGCAUUUGCCUGAGCUACCGGGCUACAUCACCGCCGACUCUGAGCCGAGGAUGGGCAUUCAGGGUUUGACCUCCACUCAGCCUUACAAACAGCUGACCUGAUUAAACUGUGGAUCAGGGACUAACUGGGUUUGGACCAGUACACCACUGGUUAAUGAAAACACUAUCAGCAUCAAACUGAAGGAAAACAAUGGGACUGGAUUCCCAGUGGGGUCUUGUAAAGCAGAAACAUUCCCGACAUGGAGUAAAACAUGAGGAAGACUCUGAAAGGGAACUCGUGUGCUUAGCUAACCAAAUUGCGGAGUUUUGCACUGGAACCAGCUCCAACACUUGAACCCUUGAGUGAUUGGAAGAAAAAUGAAACGUAGGAAGGAAGGAGAACGUAGGGACGUGUUAAUGUCAUGACUAAAAUGAUUGUCGCCCACCCUAUUAGAGAAAAUAACAUUUUGAUAAAAAGCCUAUUUGCCCCCGCAUGUGCCAGAAAGAUGGACAAAAAUAGUGUUUUACAUAAUAAGUGUCUUUAUAAAAGUAUAUUUCAGAGUUUAUGGCUAAUUUAAAAGUAAAUAUCCAGUGUGCUCGUGUGAUUAAGAACUUCAUUUGUUCCUCUCAUACAUUGUCAACUGCCAUCAUUCAUUAAUGUGUUUCUGGGUGAAAGGGGACAGGGCUUUUUAUAAUAAACCUAUGUAUUUAGUAA